AUGAUGCUAACCGUUUUGGCCUACGUUUGGAAGUUUGUGGUGGCAGCACUUGCUUUUGCAUUUGCUUCUCUCCUGGUGUAUUAUGUGCCUGCAAGUCGUCGCCCUCGAAACUUCCCUCCAGGGCCGCCAGGGCUUCCGGUCCUUGGGAAUCUGCACCAAAUGCCUUCGAAAAAACUUUUCCUCAAGUUUCACGAGUGGCAGAAACAGUACGGGCCAGUUGUUGGGUUGAAAUUGGGCCCUUUGAACGUCGUCGUUCUAAGCAAUUACAAACCUGUCAGGGAGCUCUACGACAAGAGAGGGAAUAUCUACUCUAGUCGGCCCGACCACUAUGUCGGCAACAACCUCAUCUGUCCUGAUGAGGUUCACAUUCUCUUUCAGCCAUAUGGUUCAACAUGGAGGGCACUUCGAAAAGCUGCGGUGGGACUUUUGAACGGUCCAUCUAUUGAAUCCAUAAUUCCCCUUCAGCAGGCAGAAUCGUCUCAGACCAUGUACGACAUAAUGCAGACUCCCGAGCAGUGGUUUGAACAUCUCCGCCGUUACGCGGCCGCCGUCAUCCUGGAAGCUGUCUACGGCCAGAGAGGUGCCACUUACGACGACCCGAAAAUUACAGGAUUCUUCGAGAUAGAAAUGGCAUUCGCGGAGAUCAUGGCCGCUGGGGCUACUCCACCCGUCGACGCAUUUCCUUUUCUCAAGCACAUUCCGAGCUUCCUUGCGCACUACAAGUCUCUGGCCGUGGCCGUGGGGAACAAGCAGAAAGCAUUCUACAAUGCUUUGUUUGACAAAACAAAAGCAAGGAUGGAGCGAGGAGACACGGCUCCAUGUUACAUGCAAAAGCUCUUAGAGGGAAGCCUGCAGAGCGGUUUAAGUCACGACCAACUCGUCUAUGUUGGCGGGAUACUGCUAGAAGCCGGCUCGGAAACCUCAGCAUCCAAUUUGCAUCUCUUUGUCUUGGCUAUGAUAUCUCACCCUGAGGUGUUGAAGAAAGCUCAGAAAGAGGUGGACGACGUCUGCGGCGACUCUGUUUCGCCUUCGGCAAAACAUAUCAGACACCUUCCUUAUAUGCGAGCCAUAAUGACCGAAAUUUUUAGAUGGAGACCGCUUGCUCCAGAAGGCCAGCCUCACAUGUUGACCCAAGAUGAUUGGUACGACGGCUACUUCCUGCCAAAAGGCACAAUAGUCUUUGCAAAUACCUGGUCGAUCCACCACGACGAGUCAGAAUACGACAAGCCGGCGGAGUUCAUCCCCGAGCGGUGGUUGAACAACAAAUUCGGUACCACGGCUGGGGGUGACACGGUCGACGGGGACAACAGACGGAUUACCUAUGCCUUCGGGGCGAGCAGGAGAGUCUGCCCAGGUCAGGAGAUGGGGGAGAACUCAUUGAUGAUAAACAUGGCAAAGAUGGUAUGGGCUUUCGACAUGAAAGCGGACCCUGACUCUCCUCCGGAUCUCGAUGCCCGCGCGACAUACUCUGAUAGCUUUGUGGGAGGGCCCCAUGCGUUUCCCGCCAUCUUGACCGUCAGGUCGCAGAAGCAUCGCGAGGUGCUCGAGCGGGACCACCGCGAAGCCCAGGAGUUUCUGCGCAGAUAUGAAGACUAA